AUGCUACGUUCCUCAGUUUGCGUCAAACAGAACCCCCCAAGCAACCAUAAAUUGAGCAUUGGAUCCCCGCGACUCCGCACACCAGGAGACACCGAGGAAAGCUCACAACAAAGCACUGCCCCUGCCAAACAAGUGCUUCACACACAUGCUCAUGAUCCCUUUUUUUACUGCAUCACUUCGCACCACCUCAAAGAGCAUCGGCACAACAAAGAGCCACCUAUCACCCCUAGCAACCCUUUCCCUCCCUCGUCGGCGCUGCUCACAUCAUCUCAGAGUGGUGCACCAUUAUUCAAUGACGCCCAAAAGUCAUCAUGUCGCAUCCACAGAUAG